AUAAAUAAUAAAAAUGUCUGGUGGUAAAUCUGGUGGAAAGUCUGCUUCUGGCUCAAAGUCUCAAACUCGUUCAUCUAAGGCCGGUCUUCAAUUCCCUGUUGGCCGUAUUCAUCGUCUUCUUCGUCGUGGUAACUACGCCCAACGUGUUGGUGCUGGUGCCCCUGUUUAUCUUGCAGCCGUCCUUGAAUAUCUCGCUGCCGAAAUUCUUGAAUUAGCAGGUAAUGCUGCUCGUGACAACAAGAAGUCUCGUAUCAUCCCUCGUCACUUACAAUUAGCCAUCCGUAACGAUGAAGAAUUAAAUAAGCUUCUUGGUCAUGUCACUAUUGCUCAAGGUGGUGUUCUUCCUAACAUUCAUGCUUCUUUGUUACCUACCAAGACAAAGAAGGCUGGUGCUUCUCAAGACUUGUAAACAAUACCUUUUUUUUUACCUAUUUUCUCUUAAAUAUAAUAUUGUGUUACCAUUCUUUUUUCUUUAAUUAUUAUUUCUUUGUACAUAAACAUACUUAAUAUAUUUUAUAUAUAUUCUUUUUUUAUUUUAUUAAUAAAUAAAAAAAAAGUCAAUAUAUGAUUUAUUUAUACAUUUACAGAAUCAUCUUCCGAAAUAAAACAUGGUAUUUGAAUAAUCUUAUUUCUUUCAAUGUUGAAUUUCACAUGCUUCUUCUUCUUCUUUAUAGUAGUAGUAGUAGUAGUAGAAGCAGUAGGCGAUAGUUUUGUUCCAGUUGUUAUUGUCUUUGGAAUAGUGCCAUUAACCAUCUGUCUUCGUAUUU